AUGUUUACAAUUCGUCAUUAUUCAAAACGAUUUCUAACACGUUCAAUUAUUUUUCGUCCUUUAUCAGUUGGUAUUACUAAUCGUCAAAAAACUAAUGAAGAAUUUCAACCAACAAUAAAUUUAAUUAAAGAAGAUCUUCAUUUAAUUAAUCGUGAUAUUUUACAACAUUUGGGAUGUUAUGAAGAAGAAUUAAAUGAAUUAGCAAAAUAUCAUUUUGAUACUAAAGGUAAACUUAUUCGACCAAUGAUUAUAUGUACAAUGGCAAGAAGUUUUAAUCAACAAGAAGACAAUUUCCUACAUGAAAAUCAACGAUCUAUAGCUACACUCGGAGAAAUGAUUCAUACAGCUAGUUUAAUUCAUGAUGAUGUUGUUGAUUCAAGUGAUCGACGAAGAGGUAAACCAGCUGCUGCUCUUCAAUGGGGACCAAGAAAAGCUGUAUUAGCCGGUGAUUAUAUUCUUGGUAUAGCAUCGAUAGUGCUUGCACGUAUUGGUAAUAGUGAUGUGAUAUCACUUCUUUCACGUGUUAUUCAAGAUCUUGUUCGAGGUGAAUUUAUGCAAUUGUCAACAAAAGAAAGUGAUGCUGAACAGUUUCAAGAUUAUUUAAAUAAAACAUUUUGUAAAACAGCAAGUUUAUUUGCAAAUACAUGUAAAGCUGUUGUAUUGUUAGGAAAUCUUUCAAAUAUUAAUAUAAAUCAAUUAGCUGAUUAUGCUUAUGAAUUUGGUAAAAAUUUUGGUAUGGCAUUUCAAUUAAUCGAUGAUCUACUUGAUGUAACAGCAACCGAUGAUGAUCUAGGAAAACCAGCUACUGCUGAUUUAAAAUUAGGUUUAUCAACAGCACCAGUGCUUUUUGCUAGUCAACAGUUUCCAGAAUUACAAACUCUCAUAUUGAGACGUUUCUCUGAAUCGGGUGAUAUUGAACGAGCUUUGGAAUUAAUUGAUCAAAGUGAUGGCAAAGCUCGAACAUAUCAUCUUGCUGAACAAUAUGCAAAUGAAGCUUGUCGUAUACUAAAUAAUUUUCCACAAUCAUUGAAUGGAUCGAACAGAUUUCUUAAAUUCUUAAUAUAUCUUACUCAAUCGACAUUAAAACGUCGACAUUAG